AUAGUCGAUAAAUUAUAAUAUAAAUUGGCCACAAGCCUAUUGUCCUGGAGCUCGACUUAAAGAGCUUCAGUUGUUCGACAGUGCAGUCGUUUUAACGAGUAGGCUACAUCACACCAUCCAGAUCCAGAUCGGUUUGUCCACAGAGGCCUGUUGUCUAGACCUUCAGAGUUCCAACAUUCUUGUUGCCCGAAAUUUAUUUUCAUGCUUUUCGUGACAAUAGUACCAACAGUUUGGUAAUAUAAAAGAAAUCCAAUCAACUUAUUGAAAGAACAUCAUGAAUACUCUAGGGGGUAUAAAACCGUAUAAAUGUGAUGUCUGUGGAAGGACAUUCAAUCAGACCGGAGUCUUAGAGAUACACAUGAGGACACAUACCGGUGAUAAACCCUUCGAAUGUGAAGUCUGUGGGAAAGCGUUCAAUCAGAAAGGAAACUUGCGGACACACAUGAGGAUCCAUACUGGUGAUAAACCUUACAAGUGCGAGUUCUGCGAGAAGGCAUUCACUGUAACAGGAAAUUUACAGAGACAUAUAAGGACACAUACUGGUGAUAAACCUUACAAAUGUGAUAUCUGUGAGAAGGCUUUCAACGUAUCGGGAAACCUACACAAACACCGGAGGAUACAUACUGGUAUUAAGCCUUAUCAAUGUGAUGUUUGCGGAAAGGCGUUCGGCGUUACCGGAGACUUGCAGAGACACAUGAGGAUUCAUACUGGUGAUAGGCCUUACGAAUGCGAUAUCUGUGGGAAGACGUUUAAUCUGACAGGAACCUUACAAACACACAGGAGAACUCAUACUGGUGAUAAACCUUACAAAUGUGAGAUCUGUGGGAAGGCUUUCAAUAUAACAGGACACUUACAGACACACAUGAGAACACAUACAGGCAUUAAACCAUAUGGAUGUGAAGUCUGUGGGAAAGCAUUCACUGUAACAGGAGAUUUACAGAGACACAUGAGGACACAUACUGGCGAUAAACCUUUCCAAUGUGAGAUCUGUGAGAGGGCGUUUAAUCAGAAAGGACACUUGCAGGCACACAUGAGGAUACAUACUGGUGAUAAGCCGUAUGUGAUGUUUGUGCAGAGGCAAUCAUUGUAACAAAAAAAUUAUAGCUCGGUCAGGGCUGUCACAUGACCCCAUACUUUUUGGUUUGGGAAGUGGGCCCCUUUGAUUGGGAAUAUCAUCAUCAGUUUCUUUGAUAAAUUGGGUUGGUUGUUUGUAUAUUGUUUAACGUCCCACUUGAGAAUCUUUCACUCAUAUAUGGAGAUGUCACCAUGGCAGCUGGCUGCAAAAUUUAGACCUAUGUUUGACACUUACGGCCUUUGAACAGGGAGGGAUCUUUAUCGUCCACACCUGCUGUGACAAGGGGCCUCUGUUUUUCUGGUCUCAUCCGAAGGACCACCCUUUUCUAACUGAAUCCCUAUGAGAUUGAGAAAUUGGGAAAAUUUAGCUUGUAAACUGUCUUCUUGCAAAUACAUGUAAAAAAUAAAUAAAUUAUAAACCAUAAGAAAAACAAAACAACCAUAUUUUCAUUUCUUUACUUUAUUAAUUUGUCCCAGGGGUUGAAAAAUAUGAUGGGGCAUCCGACACCCAGGACUAGUCGUUUUAAGACCAGACUAUCAUCACUAUGUAAAAUCAAAUGUACCAAGUCUGUUGAAUUAGCAGACCAGGAAAAAAUGUUGUUUGUUUACUUUCAUUUUCUAUGAGUUUUAAGCAAAUGCAAAUUAAAUUCCCCACCACUUUACAUUGUACAAUUUAGUGAAUUUUGCUAACAUUGGGAAUAUGAAUGGUACUUUUUGUCAUUGAAAAUGGGUUCAGUCUAACUUUGAGGGAGUGACAGCCUUGGAAGAACAUGAGGACACAAACAGAUCAAUAUGUCUGUUGUAAAGUGUGUAGUUACUAAUUAGACUGGAAGUUUAUACAUGUCUAUAUAUAUAUAUCUAUAGACACACAUGGAAACACAUGUAGGUGAACCUCCACCCCCAUCAUCCCCAGGUUUUAUUUCAUCAACUUGCAAAUGAAUUGCUACCAUUAUGUACACUUUACUAAACAGUUGUAUAAUAUGUUAUACAUGAGCACACAAUUUACUUUAUUAUGUUUGCCCUAGGGGAGGAAGAUCUACAAUGUACAUGUGUACAUAUUAAUUCAGUCUGAGUCAAGCCCAGGAGCGGAUCCAGAAUAUUUUUAGGGGUGGGGUAGAAGCUUGCAAUCCACAGUGUCAACCAGCCCCCAAUAUUAAGAUCGUUAUACAGCCUGAAACCCAUGUUUCCUUUUCAGUUCAUAUAUUUUUGUUUAUUUUCAGUUUGACUUUUUUCAGGAUAUCAUAUCUUUUCUGUUUAUUUCUCCCAAAAAUAUAUGUUUACCAGAAGACUAAGAAGUCCUGUUUCCUUCACUUAAAGGCUCAGUCUAGUUUGCUAUCAGGUUCAAUUGUACACCAAGGAUUAUAUAUAAUAGAAGAUGCAACCGUAGAUUUUUCAAAAAAAUGAAAAAGUGAUGAAAUCAUGGAAUGUAAAAUGGAAUUUAGAAUUUUGUUUCAGAUUUCAUAUUCCUAACUGAAAUAUUGACUUGCUCAUUUAGGCAAUGACUUGUCAGGGGGCAAUUGGAGAAUCAUUGAUUUGCAGACUCAAGAAUGUAAAAAGAAAUAAAAAUGAGAAUUUUAAGAAGUAUCUUCCACCAGUAGGGAAUGGAGGGAGUGUAGUUGUAACACCCUCCCACCCCCUCCUCAUUCAGAUCCACCACUGAGGCUAGCUGUGACUCAAAAAUAGAUAGUGACUAUUUCUUUUACAUGUGCACAGUUAAAUAUGGGUGUGACUCAACUCCUUCUACAGGUGUUCAACGAAAUAUGGGUACACUAAAGGAAAAUGAAUAUGAAAGAGAAAGUAAUUAUUCCCUCUACAGGUGUACAGUAAAGGAAAGUCAAUAUAUCAAACAUAGAGAGUAAUUACUCUUUCUGUUGGUGUUUAACUAAAGGAGAGUCAUAAUAGAGGUCUUUAUGAGACCUUUAAAACUGUUAGACCCAGCAUCAAGGUAGACUCUGGCACAAUAAAGAAUCUUUUAUUGUAGAAAGAUGAAAUGAGACAUGUAAAAUUGAAAGGGAAUCCACACAGAAAAUAACGUGUGCACUAGACGCAGUAAAACGCCAAUCGUUUAAAUAAAUGACAUUCAGAUUUUUCCUUUUGGCGAGGGGGAUUGCAAGCUUAACAUUUUCUCAUCAUUGGGAAGAUGACCCAUUAACUAGGCUGAAUUUGGUCAAAGCAUUCAUACCAUGUGAUUUUCAUUGACUUUCACAUUUUACCUGCAGCUGAUUACGUUUUAGUGUUUAUUAUUGAAUGGACCAAAAUGAAGUGUAGUACAUGUAGUAUUCUGUAGUAAUUCCAUUGAUGAAGUGAUAAAAAUGUGUAACUACUUGAUAUGGUACAAUUAUUUUGAUGUUGAGAGAAAUAACCCAGUGAUUGCUUUCUGGUUGCAUGUACUUGUAAAGUUUUACGUUUUAAAAAUUGGUGAUUUAAGAAUAAAAUAAUUAUCAAGAAAGUUG